ACUCCGGCGCGUCCCGCUUCUCUGCGCAGCGGCUCGUUGGAUCGGACGCACCGACUUGUUGCCCUGCGCGCGCGCUCCGAGGGGCCCCGCGGCUGCUGGUGUUGCGUGUCCGACCGACAAGUCAGCCACAGGACUUAAAAGCCUGCUGUAAGGAUGAUGUCCUACAUAAAGCAACCCCAUUACACCAUGAACGGGUUAAAUUUGCCUGGACCCGGAAUGGACGUGCUGCACACGACCGUCGCUUAUCCGCCCACUCCCAGGAAGCAGCGCCGGGAGCGGACCACCUUCACCCGGACACAGCUGGACAUCCUGGAGGCGCUGUUCUCCAAGACCCGCUACCCAGACAUCUUCAUGAGGGAGGAGGUGGCGCUCAAGAUCAACCUGCCCGAGUCCCGUGUGCAGGUUUGGUUCAAAAACCGCCGUGCCAAGUGCCGCCAGCAGCAGCAGCAGAGCAGCGGUCAGUCUAAGCCCCGCCCCCCAAAGAAGAAGGCCUCUCCGGUGCAGGAACCAAGCGCCUCCGACCCGGUCCCCAACCCGCCCGGCUCCUACAGCCCCUCAUCCGCCCAGUCGGGCCCCAGCCUGGCCCCCAGCUCCAGCACCGGGAACACGGCCGUGUCCAUCUGGAGCCCGGCCAUCUCGCCGCUGCCGGACCCGCUGGCCUCCUCCUCGGCGCCCUGCAUGCAGCGGCCCUCCCCUUACCCCAUGAGCUACGGCCAGCCGUCGGCCUACACCCAGGGCUACGCCAGCACCACCUCCUACUUCACCGGCCUGGACUGCAGCGCCUACCUGUCCCCCAUGCACUCGCAGCUGUCGGGCACCGGGGGCGCCCUCAGCCCCAUCACUGUGCCCUCCAUGGGGGGCUCCCUGAGCCAGUCCCCGGCCUCGCUGUCCUCGCAGGGCUACAGCACCGCCUCCUCCCUGGGCUUCACCUCAGUCGACUGCCUGGACUACAAGGACCAGCAGGCCUGGAAACUGGGCUUCACCACAAUGGACUGCCUGGACCACAAGGACCAGAACUCCUGGAAGUUCCAGGUCCUGUAGGGAGGGAGGGCAGCAAGACGGCGUUCAUGCUGCGCGAGCGCGUCCCGUGUGCGAUAGAGAGAAGCGGCUCCGCCCGAGGACUUGUUACCGUCCAUCCUCAGUUUGUUGUUUGUAAGAUUUUCUUUUGGUUUUCUAACAGCGACCUUUGUAGAAGUGCUUUGUGUUUGAGUGCAGUUGGAGCUGCGAGGACCCCAGAGUGUCCUCAAUGCUGCCUGACUGCAAAUCAUGACUGCUGUCUUCUUCUGGAGAACAAACGCCUUCGAGAA